CACAUGAUUCAAUUAUGGCUUUUAUUAUUAUUUUUUUAAUUAGUCGAGACCACGCCCCCUAAUCUGGCCAUUUCCAAAGCAACGGGGCACCUGCUGAUGAUUGGUGGUUGGGAAUUAGAAACCCGCUUGAAAUAGGGGAGUUUGUCACAUUGCCCGUGCCGGCUUUGGGAUUGUGAAGUGUUUCGCGGUUCUGAUUUUCUCUGGCAUCAUGGUCGAGCAGUUUGUAGGAAAGUGGACUCUAGUUUCCAGCGACAACUUUGAUGAAUAUAUGAAGGCAGUCGGUAUGAGCUUUGCCACACGCCAGAUGGGGAAUCUGGCCAAACCCAACCUGGUCAUCAGUGUGGGGGAUGACGGGGUCAUUUCAAUAAAGGCUGAGAGCACUUUGAAGACGACCGCGAUCCAGUUCAAGCUGAAUGAAGAGUUUAAUGAGACUACUGCAGACGGUCGCGACGCAAAGUCCAUCUUCACCUUUGAGAAUGGAAAACUUGUGCAGAAACAAUCCUGGGAAGGAAAGACUACAACCCUGGAGAGAGAGGUUCAAGAUGGAAAACUUACAGCUAAAUGUGUCAUGGAUGAUGUUGUUGCAGUUAGGACUUAUGAAAAGGCAGCAUAACCUUCCUGUGAUGGACCGGAUGCAAAUGGUUGAGGUUUUUGAAGCUCUAAAUAAAACCUGUGAUCCUA